CAUCGUUUCUUGGCGGUAUAGGCUCUACACCAAACCUCAUUCCUACAGAUUGGAUAGGUAAACAAAAGAGAAGUUAGGUAUCCACACACAAGAGCUCGAUAGCUAAUCUCAGAUCCCAUAUCCGCUCCAAAGAUCAAGCAAUAAUGUCUUCUGCAUUCAGCGGCGAUGAAACUGCUCCCUUUUUCGGCUUCCUCGGCGCCGCUGCCGCUCUCGUCUUCUCCUGUAUGGGGGCAGCUUACGGAACUGCGAAGAGCGGGGUAGGAGUGGCGUCCAUGGGUGUGAUGCGGCCGGAGCUGGUGAUGAAAUCGAUCGUGCCGGUUGUUAUGGCCGGUGUGCUCGGUAUUUAUGGCUUGAUUAUUGCUGUGAUCAUCAGUACCGGUAUUAACCCCAAAACCAAGUCUUAUUAUCUAUUCGAUGGCUAUGCACAUCUCUCAUCCGGUCUCGCUUGUGGCCUCGCCGGCCUAUCCGCCGGAAUGGCCAUUGGGAUCGUUGGCGAUGCUGGUGUCAGGGCUAAUGCACAACAACCUAAGCUUUUUGUCGGGAUGAUCCUUAUUCUUAUUUUCGCUGAAGCUUUGGCCCUUUAUGGCCUCAUUGUUGGCAUCAUCUUGUCUUCACGAGCUGGUCAAUCCAGAGCAGAAUAAAAACUGUGGGUUUCGAAUACAUCAUUGUAAGCUGUGUGUUGCACUAGGGAAGCAAAGACAGAACUUUGAUUCUUAUAAGGUCAGAAGCCUUUGAUGUUCCACAACAUUCUUCAUUCUUGGACUCUCUUCUCUGGCCAUUUCUCCUAUUUGUAAUAGGAAGAACUUAGUUUUUCUGCUAAAUAAAAGCUCUCAGAAUGCAUUCACCUCUAAAUUUCCCCCCAUUAUUUUGUACUUCAAAUUUACUGCGACUGUCAUUUAUGAAUAAUGUGGACACUGCUUCAUCA